AAUUCAAGAAUUACUCAAUUCUAUAAUAAUGUUUAAAUUACUUUUGCUUUGUUUUUUAUAUAUAGACUAUUGUUUAGCUGUUAAUCCUUGGGAACCGGAACCGGGCUCCGGGUGGUGGCUUCAACGGCAUCAACAAUUAACUCAAUACACACAACAACACAAAAAUCAGGUGAAAGCUCUGUUUAUCGGAGCCUCGAUUACUGACUACUGGCAGGCAGAGGGCAGACCAGUUUGGGACAGUUAUUAUGUACCAAAAGGUUCAGCCGAUUAUGGCAUUGGAGGCGAUACGACAUCAAAUGUGUUGUGGAGAAUACAGAAUAAAGAAAUGGAUGGUUUGACCCCAAAAGUUCUGGUAAUUGGAAGUGGACCGGGUUAUAAUACUAUGAAUAGAUCCCCCUCUCCAUCAGCAUCUGAUGUCUUGAAAGGACAUCUGGAAAUUAUUCGUGAAUUAAGAUCUAAGUUUCCAUUGGCUAAAGUGAUAGUUAUGGCUCACACGCCAUAUACCGAUCCCAGUAUAAGCCAACGAUCCAAACAAAUUAAUAACGAACUCAAGAAGUUGGCGGACAAUCAAAAUGUAUUUUUUAUUGACUUAACAUCGCGUCUAACUGAUGGCAAUGGUCACCAAAUUGCUAAACUCUUCAAAUCAGAUCACUUGCAUUUAUCUAUAGAUGGAUACAAUGUAUGGCACGAAGUCAUGAAAUCAACAUUUGAAAGACUAUUGCAAUAA